UUCAUCAGGCAGUCCCUGAUGAAGUUCAGGGUUCAAAGGACCUGAAGCCCAGUUAGCUAGGUCCAAAUCCCGUAUCAUUUCCCAUUGACAGGAUAUCAAACCACAAAGCCAUCUAUGAUCCACAAGUUGGAACAAGGUGAAGAACCAUGGAUGAUGGAGAGAGAAAUCCCAAGUUGGAGCCAUGCAGGUUAGCCAUGCAGAAGAAGUCUGGCAUCUUGAUGACCACUUGGAAAGGCAGCAAGAGAACCAAGAAACACUUGAAGUAUGUUGCAUUCAUUGACCAGGAAACUGUGAUGGAGAAAAAGGGCAACAAGUGUAAUGCACUUAGAAAUAUAUUUCCUCCGAGCACAGACUUUGUUUCUUCCAAACAAAGACCCCCAAAAUAUGACUCCUGUGACAGGAGUUUGAAUUAUUUGGGUUCAUUUAAUGGUAACAGAACAUACGCAAGAAAGAAUGAAUGUAGCAAAUGUGGGAGAAAGCCUUCUUCCAGAAGUCAGACCUCAUCAUGCAUAAGAGAACUCAUACAGGAGAAAAGCCGUUUGUGUGUAUGGAGUGUGGGAAGGCCUUCAGCAAGAAAUCCAAUCUUGUUAUCCGUCUGAGGAUCCAUACUCACGAGAGACCUUAUGGGUGUACUGAAUAUAGAAAAGCUUUCACCCAUAAGUCACACUUCAUCGAACACCAGAGACUCCACACUGGGGAGAAACCCUAUGAAUGCCCUAAGUGUGGGAAAGCCUUUUUCCAAAAAUCACACCUCAACAUUCACCAGAGACCUCAUACUCGAGAGAAACCCUAUGGGUGCGAUGAAUGUGGGAGAGCCUUCAGCUUGAAGUCACACCUCUUUGUACAUACACACAGGAGAGAAACCUUAUGUGUGUACCAGGUGUGAGAGAGCUUUCAGUGAAGUGUCCUUCCUUAUGAAACAUCAGAAAGUCCAUAUGGGGAGAAACCUUAUGAAUGUAAUGAGUGUAAAUAGACUUUUCUGAGAAGUCUGACCUCAGUAUACAUCACAGAACUCACAAAGGAGAAAAGCCCUAUGAGUGCAGUCAAUGUGGGAAAGCCUUCAGACAUAGCUCAACCUUCUGUUGACAUAAAAAGACUCAUAAAGAAAAAAUUCCUUAAAAGAAACUAAUAUGGGAAUAUCCUCAAAUAAAAGCCUCAGGAGAAAUCAAAUCUUAUAUGUAUCGAGAAGUCAACCCUAUUAAUUCAACAUAUUUUUAAAGCAUGCAGCUUUGUUUUUGUAGAAAUCAUAUUUCGGAUGUUAUCCAUGUUAAAGUAUAAAUGCUCACUGUGGCCUGUAAAGACCAUUGGAGUAUUCAUAAGUAGACUAAUCAGAACAUAAUUAGAAAAGCAUACAUGGACAAUCUGCAAAGUAUGAAAACAUUAUAGUUCUAGUUGUAUUAUAAUAUGUUAUGGACCACAGAACAUAAAUCAUAUAUUGGAAUUCUACAUGUGAAGUUAAUAUAACUAUGAAUAUAAAGUAAGUAUUACAAGUACAAUGACAUCGACCAAGAUCUUCCACAUUAAAUAAUACUAUUUUCUUCUAUUUAACACAAAACAUGUCAUUCAAGAAUUUUAAACUAAUAUUAUAUUUCAACUAUACUUCAAUUU